GGAAAGGGGCAUUUUCCGCCAUCGAAAUGAGGCGCACAUGCGGUCUUGUUAGCCGACUAUCCAUUGCUGUGGCUCGCCGCCGGCCUCCCUUCAUCGCCAGUGCUCAACGGUGCAAGAGCAGCAUCGUGCCACGAGGAGACCAAGACCGCAGCAGCCUCGAUGACAAUGCCGUCGCCCCGCCUGCGUCUGCAGCCGACGAUCCCCUCCCAGUGCCAUCAACAAGAGAAAGUGGCGGCGAAGUGUCUGUGAAGCCGACAGCCACAGAGUCUGACUCAUCGCUCACGGCAGAUGCUGACAGUGGUGGUGGCCUGGUGAUCCCUCGCAGCUGGCUGGACGUGCUGAGCGAGAAGCGGCGCAGGCUGCGGCCGCAGAGGGAGACCAGGGUGGCGAUGAUGGCCGCCACGAUGCCGGUGCAGCGGGCUGUAGAGGAAGAUCUGGAUAGCUCUGGCAGGGAGGCCCUGCCGUGGCAGGCCUAUGUGGCCCCGCUGAUGGUGGGAUGGUUCUUUCUCUGUUUCUGUGGCAUGGGCGUGUUCGCGCUGGCGAGAUGGUCAGCCAGACACACGGACAGAAUGAAUGAAAGACGGAAGGCAAACAGCACCCACGACAUAUCUCUCUCCCUCUGUGUGUGUGUGUGUGUGUGCGUGUGUGUAGGUUUGAUCCCGGGUAUGUGGCUGCCAUGAACUUGAAGGCACUGCGCACCCCUACCAUAUGAGCCCAUUGUCUGGCUGAGCCAGCCAGCGACCAUCCAUCCAUCGAUCCACCGGUCGGCCGUGUGCAGUGAGAGGGGAAGGGUGCUUCUUGGUCGUCUUUGUCGAUGGUGAGUGGGCUGUCAUCAGGGAGAAAGCCUUAAGGCCGGGCGUGAGAGAUGGAUGGAUGGAUGGAUGAUGGAUGGUCGUGUGUGCUGGGACCGAUGGAGGGAUCAAU